AUGGCCGUUUUCCUUCCAGCAUUUCUCAUUGGUGCCCCCAUUGGCUAUUUCACAUUCUCCAAGGUCUUCAAUGGCGUCGAUUACGAGGCAGCAAAGUUGUGUCAAGGUCCUCCACCACCAAGCCUACAAGAUCGUUCGACAAGCGAGUUACUGAAAGAGUAUUAUCCACCUCGUUCAGGAUGGGCUGCCACUGCAGGGACGUUGGUGAGCAUGGGUGUCCUUGGCAAGUUGACGUUUCAACCUGAUACGCGACAUCGAUUGUUCUUUGCAAAGGCACCAGCCAAUACGGAUAUUCGAAUAGUGACACUGAAGCUAGCCAUGGAGUUGAUUGCAAGGUGUGGUGUCGUGUUUUAUGGUGGAGCAGCAGGUGGUGCCAUCUCUGGAAGAUUAGCAGUAGCCGGGAAAAAGCCUAGUAAUCAACAACAACAACAACAAUAA